UUCUUCGAAAACACUUGGUUGUGUGCAUUCAUGAAAUGCACGAGCUGUUGGUGUUGGCCACCAUCAAUUAUUGCUGCUUCUUGUCCUCCUUCCAUGCAAAAGCCACAAGCAUCGAGUCCUCCGUCGUCGGUAAUUCCCAGAGAUUAUUACCGAAAGGAAACGAAGAGAAUGUUUCUUCGCUGAGGAGUGAACCGUAAAAGAUCAAAAAGAAAACAGAAGACUGUGUUGAUUCCUAGACGAGUUCAAGAACAUGUGAGCCAAACCUCGGUUCGAUGCCUUUUCCCCAUCUUUCUCCCCGCUAUUCCCUCGCUGCUCUCUUCCUCGUUCGUCUGUUCUUCCCUUGAUCCCAGGUGGGUUUCGCCUUCUUAAGACUCGUUUCUUGAGGUUUUCUUCGGAAAUUUCGGGUUUUUUUGGCUGGAAUUGAAGGCGAUUCAUGGUGCCGGGACCACAGUGGUAAAAAGUCGAUGUUUUGCUUUGGUAGCGUUCCUUGGUGUUCGAAAUCUGUGGGUUCGGGAGCUCUGUUCUGCUAUUUUGGGGUUUGUCCCCAUUCUUUUCUUACUCCAGCAAUUUUUUCACCGAUUAAAGUGAACAGGAAGCUUCUGAUGGCAGAUGCUGGGCUUGAUAGGUUAAGCAGGGUUGAUUAGUUUUGCAAGACAAAAGCUUUCAGAUCUCUCCUCUUCGUUCGAGCGGCUUUUCUAAGAUGCUGUCAAACAACAGAAGAGCUCAGCCCAGGGCUGGUAGAUCCUGGUCCUUUUCAGAAAUGGAUUAUUCAGAUACAAAGCAGAAGUCUCAUGUUCUCAAUAAAGUUUUUAUGGCUACUAUUAUCACUACCAUGUGCAUAAUCGUGAUCAUGCAAACACCCUGUCACCAUGAACCUAACAUGUUCUCCAUUCAUGAACGUGGAGUGACUCAUGUUUUAGUAACAGGAGGUGCUGGUUAUAUAGGCUCACAUGCUGCACUUCGGCUGUUGAAGGACUCUUAUCGAGUAACUAUAGUGGAUAAUCUUUCCAGAGGAAAUAUUGGAGCCAUAAAGGUCCUUCAGGAGCAGUUUCCUGAGCCCGGAAGACUUCAAUUUAUAUAUGCUGAUUUAGGAGAUGCAAGGACUGUUAAUCAAAUAUUUGCAAAAAAUGCAUUUGAUGCGGUUAUGCACUUUGCUGCUGUUGCUUAUGUGGGCGAGAGUACCCUAGAUCCUCUAAGGUACUAUCACAAUAUUACUUCAAAUACAUUAGUUCUCUUAGAGGCGAUGGCAGCACAUGGUGUUAAGACCCUCAUAUACUCCAGCACAUGUGCAACUUAUGGAGAGCCUAAGAAAAUGCCUAUUACAGAAUUAACUCCUCAGGUACCUAUUAACCCAUAUGGGAAGGCAAAGAAAAUGGCAGAGGAAAUUAUUUUGGAUUUCUCCAAGAGAUCAAGCAUGGCUGUCAUGAUUUUAAGAUAUUUCAAUGUUAUUGGAUCUGAUCCUGAGGGAAGGUUAGGAGAGUCUCCCAGACCUGAACUGCGUGAGCAUGGGCGUAUAUCUGGUGCAUGCUUUGAUGCAGCUCUGGGAAUUAUUCCAGGUCUGAAGGUCAAGGGAAACGACUAUAUAACCCCUGAUGGAACGUGCGUGAGGGACUAUAUUGAUGUUACUGAUUUGGUUGAUGCCCAUGUAAAAGCUCUUAACAAGGCAGAACCAGACAAGGUUGGCAUAUACAAUGUCGGCACAGGAAAAGGAAGAUCUGUGAAGGAGUUUGUUGAAGCAUGCAAGAAAGCCACUGGGGUUGACAUCAAAGUCGAGUACUACGGCCGCCGACCAGGCGACUACGCUGAAGUUUACAGCGACCCCUCCAAAAUCAAUAGUGAAUUGAAUUGGACAGCACAACACACGCAUCUUUUAGAGAGUCUCAAAAUUGCAUGGAGAUGGCAGAAAUUACAUCGAAAUGGAUACGCUCCGCCGAAAGCUGUGACCUACUGACAUAGGCCUUCUAUCAUCUGUAGUCAGAUAAGUUUUAUGUUGUCUGAUGCUUAUUUCUUGGUUGAUAUGUGGGCGAUUUCAUGGUGUCUUGUAUGUUUUCUUGUUCGAAAUAGUAAUUCAUUGUUGUUCACGAACACACAAAGUCGGAACAAGUUAUAUUGCUAAGUGCUCGACCUUUGUUGUUUCUAUUUUGUACAUUCCUAUCUAAGAAGCUACACUUGUAUGGAUUUAUGGAACUUCUGGAUUGGAAAUUUUGAACUUUAUUUGAUUUCCUUUUGCCU